CUGCAUCUGAACGCGUCUGAAUUGCGUUUGCGACGCAUCUGUGUUUCUGGCCACUCCGGACACAUUUUAUGUGAAAAUAAAAGUGGAAGUUCAGCAUUAUGCAUCAUCACUUCAGGGAGAAGUCGAGAGAAAACACGUUGAGGAAUACAUUUUCAUUAUCUGUGGAUUAUUUUCACUCUUAAUUUAUUUCUCUCAAGUCCAUGACUGGAGAGGUCGAUCAGGACAGAAAAGAUGGCAAAGGGUGGAGAAGUACAGAGAAUUCCAUGGCAACAUCUGCCCGCUGUCACCUGAGAAACUGGAAGGUGAUUCUGUUAGUUGUUGUGUGUAUUCUGGGUCUGAUUGAUGGACAUUACCUGCAGGACGAGACACAGGAACCCCACACCAGCAUACUAGGAACCCCUUUGACCUUUCCAGGCCGACCCAAGAAGAACGCAGACCAGUGGCUGAGCAAAGCACCCUGGGCAGGACUGCAUGUGGCUGAGGAGGGUGAGGGACAUAGAAUCCGGUGGCAGCGUUCCUCUACAAACGUCUCCAGUUUGAGGAAAUCCCCUAAGGACCGAAAGGAACGUCGUAACCGGACACGAGGUCGCACCAGUCAGGACUGUCGUUUGGAGAAGAAGGAGAUGAGGGUGCGUGACCUAGGGCUUGGAUAUGACUCGGACGAAAUCGUGAUGUUCAAGUACUGUGUUGGGACGUGCAUGAGUGCCCGCAGGAACUACGACUUGGCCCUGAAGGUGCUGACAGAUAAUGGCAGCAUUCCAAGCCGCAAGGUGAGCACCCAUCCCUGCUGCAGGCCCACACGCUUUGAGACCGUCUCGUUCAUGGAUGCACAGACGAGCUGGCAGACAAUCAAAUGGCUUUCAGCAGCCAACUGCAGCUGUGUGGGAUGAGAGAGACAAAUAAAACGCAACCGGUGAAAUCAAUCCAAACCUACGGUUCAAUCCAAAGAGAUUCCUUAGUAAUUCCUUGGAAAUACUCUGAAAGGAAACAGCGAUGCAGCGUUCCUAGUGAUGCCCGUAUGGAUGCUGCAGUCGUAGCUAUUGUGGCUAGGGUGCAUACACAGUGGAUCUUGUACCGUGAGGAACCCCAGGAACCAUAAGAAUAAGGGAUGACCUGCAGGGUAGAGGUCACCUUGCCAUGAAUGCUGGUUUUUGGAGUCUGCAGAGGAGAUGCAACACCUCCUCUGUCCUCAGCAUCUCCAUUAGAGAGCUAAAAAACAUUGAUGGGAGUCCUCAGAUAUCUGC